ACCCCCACGAACUGGGGGAGUAAUACGGUUAAUACCAUCGAUAGCUGCAUGAGCUAUAACCUGUCAAUUCUCAUAGAUAUAACAUACAUUACGUCUAUAUCGUAGGCUAAGCAGCUUUUCGUCUUCUACAAAAUCUAUAAACUUGAAAACAAGUACACAUAACAUAUUACAAAUAUGAGUUCCAUUGGAAAGAAGCUUGACGAACUAUCGACUCCAUCGUUUCUAAUUCAUAGUGACACGGUGAAGAGAAAUUGUGUUCGUAUGAAAGAAUUAUGUGACGCUUUGGGUGUAAACCUGAGACCUCAUAUGAAGACACACAAGACUGUUGAGGCGGGGCUACUGAUGACAAGCAAUUCUCGAAGAAGAAUUGUUGUUUCUACACUGGCCGAAGCAUGGUUCUUUUUUGAAAAUGGUUUUGAUGACAUCACUUAUGCAUACCCAUUAAGUUCCGAUAAGUUACCAAGAUGUGCUGAGCUGUUAAACAAACUGGAGUUGUUUCACAUAACUGUUGAUAAUAUGAAAAUUAUUGACGCCCUUGGGGACUAUGUUUUGCCAAAUCCAAGCAAGAAAUGGUCGGUAUUACUCAUGGUUGAUUGUGGGAAUAAAAGAGAUGGUGUACCAUACAACAGUGAUGAAGCUUUGAAAAUGGUGGAAAAGAUUUCAUCACUAACUAAUGCUGAAUUUUCUGGUAUCUACACCCAUUACGGUGCUUCAUACCAAUGCCGUGGUGCUGAUGAAAUAAAAAGUGUCUCAUCUGUAGCAUGGGGAAAACUCAUUGAUUUUGCAAAAAGGAUCAGAGAAAAAGGAAUAGAAUGUAAGGAUGUUGGAAUUGGUGCCACACCGACGUGUUCUCAACCUCCUGAACAGAAACACAUUGAAGGCAUCACAGAGUUUCACCCAGGAAACUACGUCUUUAAUGAUGUGUCUCAAGUCAAUAUCGGAUCAUGCAAAGAGACUGACAUUGCUGGAAAGGUGUUGACAAGAGUUAUCUCCCAUUAUCCAGACACUGGGCAUAUGUUGAUUGACUGUGGGUGGCUGGCAUUAACUUUGGAUAGUCUUGGUAAACUGCCCACAGGAUAUUGUGUCUUUGAGGGAGAACCUAACCUUAAGCUGCUAACAAUGACACAAGAACUUGGUAAAGUUGUUGCUCUUGAUGGUAAACUUGAUUUUUCGAAGUAUCCAAUUGGUUCUACUCUAAAGAUCCUGCCUAACCAUGCAUGUGCAACUGCAGCAAUGCAUCCUGUGUAUUAUGUCCAUGAUGGUGAGAGAGUGACAGAUGAAUGGAGACCAGUCAGAGGAUGGUAGUUGCAUCAAGUGGAUUUUCAAGAAAUAUUUCAGUUUCUUAACGCAGCCCCCAAAUGGCGCUGGUCAUAAAUGAGUUGGUCAACCUUCCUAGGAAACACAGUUUACCAGGUGUUCAUUGGUGACGGUUUAUUGCUACAUGUAUACUAAUGCGUCAGUAUAAUGUGCAACAUUGAACUGUUGUUAGAGUCAAUGGAUAUUUGUGAUUUAUGAUUGCCAUGGCAUAGAACAUUUGUAGAAAAAAAAAAUAAAUAACUUAGUAAAUUUAAUCUAAGAACUAAGAGCUUUUUACACUGCUUUCCUGCAC